AAACCAUCAUUUAUAACUCCAUAUAAACCUCUUCUCUUCUCUUCUCACAAUCCACACAAAAACGACACGCUCUUCACCCUCUUCUCUCAAAUUCACGAUGGGUUUACAAAACCAACUAAACGACGUGUCGUCGGACUCAAUCCCCCUCCUCGUGCUGAUGCACAUCGCCACCGUCGUCAACUACAUCCGCACGAUGCUUCUUUCUCUCUUCCAAUCCAUCGGCCUCUCGCGUCUCCAAACCGAUCAGAUCGUCGACGACCACUUCCUCGCCGCCGUCGGAUCAGGUCUCGCCGGAAUCAUCCUCCUCUCCGAUCAACUAACGCUCAACAACCAACACUUCUACACCUACGAAGACGCCGCUUCGGCUGACAACCACCGCUGCGUGUUUUGUCAAUCAACUUUCGAGAACGGCGACCACGUCCGGAAGCUUCCCUGCCGCCACGUCUUCCACCGCUACUGUCUCAACGGGUGGUUUCAUCGGUACAACUUCAAUUGUCCGUUGUGCCGAUCUUCGCUUGUCUCCGACGAGCGCGUGGCGCUCACCGAACGCCGUGUCGGUAGCCAACUCAUCUCGUGGUUCACUCUUCGCUGAUGCGUCGUCGUUUUGCCUCUCCAUUUUCGGCAAAUCCCAAUUUUACCCCUUCAUUUUUUUAUUACAUAGUCGCGGUUUUUCAGUAAUAGGAUAAAAUUUUCAAUUUUUUUUUUUACAGUAUUGAGUUUUUUUUUUAUAUAUCUGGUGGUACUAUUUUUGGAAAGGGUGGCUCUGCUGUUUGAGAAAACCCUUUUUUUGGGAUGAUGUAAAUUUUGAACUCCUUUGUGUUUAUGAUUAAUAAAAGGAGACAUUACCAAUUUUCUGCAAAA